AUGAGUCAGCUGUUAGGUCGUCAGGACUGUAUCAAGAGCCUUCGAAAAGACCUGGCCGACAUUCAGGGAGCCAUUCUGGACGUGUUUUCCAGAACCGGGCCGGUACGCCUCACCUCUUGGAAGUACCCCGACAAACUGUCCUGUAAUCUGGACUUGGGGGCCCUGCUGGAAGAGUAUGACUUUGUGGAUGGAGAGGAGGCGUUCAAUCAGCACUCUCACAUUGUUUUACUGGAGUUAGUGAUUGACAGUGUGAGUGCUUAUGCCGAGCAGCAGAGAGGCAGACACAGAGGGGAUCCGAGCCAGCAGAAAGGAUGCCUCUCUGUUGGUCUUGUGGUUAGGAACUACUGGAUCCAGUCCCUGCUGAGAAACACAGGAGAUGCUUUGAUAGAGUUGUUUCAGAGUGAGGGCCUGCCCUCGUCCCUGCAGCCUCUCUCGGCAGCCAUGGGGGACGCGGUGGACGUGGGACACAUGACGUCGGGUGAUGCCACCCAGUGGGCCAACGAGCAGCUCAGGGACAUGCGUCGGCUGGCAAAGCAUCUGUACGAUGUCCGGGGCACUGUGCAGCCCCUCAAAGAGAGACUGACGGCGGCCGAAACGGAGCGGGACAGGUUCAGGUCUCUGCUGGACAGAGCACAGAAGGAGUUCAAGGGAAAGUUAGAAAAGCACCAAGCAAACAUUGUCCAGUUGGAGUUCUCUCUGCAGAAAGCUCAGAGGUCCGCAAAGGAAAAAGAGCAAAGGCUACAAGAUGAGCAGCAACAGCUUAAGAAAGAAAAUUUGUCCCUGGAGAAAAGCAUCAACCAACUAAUGGAGAAAGUUGCACUGCAGCAAGAUGCCUUACAGGAACUGGAAACUGAAAAAACUGAGCUGCAAAACAAAGUGGAGAACCUGCAAAGGGAGAAGGAGACUUGUUGUAGUUUGCAGCAGAGCAUCCAGCAGCUACAGGCUCAGCUUUCUGACUCUCAGCUUCUUCUUGACAAGGAGAAGGCCAAGUACCUGAGUGCCUGCCGUCAGCAAGAGUCAAUGCAGGCGAAGCAGAAAUCUCUGUUAAGCAGAGUCAGUUUUCUUGACGAAGAGUGUGAGGAGCUGCAGAGGCAGCUGGGAGAGAAGGAGGAGGAACAGACCAGCUUACGCAAUCAGCUGCAACAGGUGUCAGAUGAGAAGGAACAACAGCAGGCCCAGCUUACUCAGCAACAGAAAUCAUGUGAAAAGCUCAAACAGGAGAAGCAGACAACAGAAACACAGGUAGAAGAGUUGAGGAAGCGUGUGGCUGAUCUGAUGGAGCGUGUGCAGGCUUUCAGAGAGAGGGAGAGGCUGCUGGUGGCUUUCCCAGAGCUCAACAACUGGGCCCGGGCCCAACCGCAAAGUACAGGAAAUGUGAUUUUGGACAUGGAGCAACAGCUGCAAGCAAACAGCAUUCGUAUAAACCUUCUGGAGCAGGAAAAUAUGACUCUGCACAAAAGUCUUGCGACGUUACGACAAAGAUCGACCAAGUGUAACGUCCCCGGGUGUUCCUCUGUUCCCCUGUGUAUCUCCUCCAUGCUGAAUUGCCUCUAG